AUGAAGGACUGUGAUCAGAAAGAGCACAUGGUGAUUGGAUCAGUCUUUGAUCAAGUGAUUAGCUUGAAGGAGAACAAAGCAGUUCCUGAGCAGAGCACUGAGAGAGCUGACCGCCACCGUUACAGAGCAGAAAGCCCACAUCAGAGCCUUAGAGACACAGCUGAGAGAAGAGCUGAUGCCUUAGAGACACGACUGAGGGACGCAGAGAAAACUGCAGAACAACAGACGGUCAUCCUGGAAGACCUGAACAAGAAAACUGAUGAAAUUUCUAAUCUUACUGAGAGUCAAGUGGAGGAGCUGAGAAAGGAAAAUAGAGACAGAGAGAUAGCAUUUUCAGCUGCACUGAUGGAGUCUGGAAACAGUGGACAUAUCGGUCCUUUCACCACUGAAAUCACACUAACCUACAGGAACGUCUUCACAAACAUAGGGAACGCCUACAACCCAAUUACAGGUAUUUUCACAGCUCCACUGAAAGGAGCGUACAUGUUCAACUUCUCUGUCUAUGGUGGUGGUCAUCCCUCAACUGCAUCAACUGUCUUCAUUGUGAAGAACGGAGAGAAGGUGGUUACAGCACAUGCUCAUCAGGCUCAGUACGUUGUAAACUCCUCAAAUGGAGUUGUGUUGAUUCUGGAGGUUGGAGAUGUCGUCUAUGUGAGACUUUGGUCUAAUAGAAGGAUAUUUGAUAGCCACGAUAACCACAACACUUUCAGUGGUUACCUACUGUUUCCCUUAAAAUAACAGGAGCUUAGCAGAGUGUGAUUCCAGUAAAACUGAACCUUUAGCGUAUGAUUUAACAUCAUGAAGAAUCAUUAACAUAUGAACCUGUAUUAAUGAUAGAUUACUGUAUGAAAGUCAGUAUAAUAUGCUAUACUCAUAUGUUCAGAGCAGUCUAUACAUGUACACACUGCAUAAAGAGUUUCAGAGUAUAUCUUCUUCCUACAUUAAUAAGAGAAUAAAGAGACAUUAUUGUUCCACUUUCAUUUUAUCAUGUUCUCAAAUAUUUCCAGUAGUACAGUAAUAUGUUAGAUCAACAAUUAUUGCUUUGAAGUCAUGAUAGCAUAUAACAAGUAAUUCAUGACAUGCAGUCUUCAUGUCAUUUACAAUCUUUGUCUCUAAAAUCAAAAUUGUUUUGUAUUAAAAAU